AUGUCGAUUCCUAUGGAAAGAUUGGGCGACCGUGCCUUCCGUCAUGAUGUCGGCGACGAUGCCGAGCGCGAGUAUGAUCGCCUCCGUGACCUCGCCCGCUCCGAGGCUGAAAAGCGCAACUCGUGCUUCGAUCGGUCGAAACGGGCCUACAACAACGGCGACGGCGCCGAGGCCAAGGAGCUCUCCAACCAGGGCAAGGCCCACGACCGAAAGAUGGACGAGUACAACCUCCAGGCCUCCCAGCUGAUCUUCCGCGAGAACAAUGCGCCGGGGCGCGUCGAGGGCGACCAGAUCGAUCUCCACGGCCAAUUCGUCGAGGAGGCCGAGCGCAUUCUUAGGCAGCGCAUUGGCGAGGACCGGGCCAGGGGCCAGCACCACCUGCACGUCAUCGUGGGCAAGGGCAACCACUCCGCCGGCCACGUCCAGAAGCUGAAGCCCAAGGUCGAGGACAUGUGCCGCGAGCUCGGCCUGGACUACCGCACGGAGGAGAACGAGGGCCGCAUCUUCAUUAAUCUCCAGGGCGGGUCUGCCCACGAGACCGGGGGCUACGGACACCAGGACGGAUACCAGGGCGGGCACCACCAGCAGCAACAGCAUCACCAGCAACAGCAAGGCCACCACCAGCAACAACAGCACCACCAGCAACAGCAGCAGCAGAACAACGAGGACGACGAUCUUGUUGGCAAGCUUCUGCCCAAGAUUUUCAAGGCUCUGGAGAAGCACUGCUGUGUUAUGAUGUAG